GCCGGUGAUCGCUCGCUCGUCGACGUAAUUGCCCACGAGGCGAGCCACUCAUGGACGGGUAAUCUGGUCACAAAUGCGUCAUGGGAGGACUUUUGGCUCAAUGAGGGUCAUACCACGUACUUGGAAGCCUUGGUAUUGGAAGCAAUGUAUGGAUCGGACUACCGCGAACUUCAUAUUGAACUUGGCUACGGGGAACUUCAGGCUUGUAUAAUUCGGUUACAUCGUGAAUUGAAACUGAAGACCGAACCUGUUUGCGAUUAG